UGAAUAAAGUAUUCAACAAGCUACCUAGAGAUUCCUGACCAAUGUUCGCAUCCAAUAAGCCGAUAUCUGCCGAACAUAAUUCUAGUCUUACGAAGUGAGUCUACAUAAAAGGUUUAGAGUCGCGCAGAACAGUGAUCUGAGUCAAAAUACCCAACACAAGUUAAGACAGAAGAGGGGCGAUGGGUGAGAUUGCAGGGGAAUAUGAAACAAUAGUCGUAGGAGCAGGCAUAAUUGGCAGCUGCACUGCCUAUCAAAUUGCCAAGAGAGGCAAGUCUGUUCUUCUUCUGGAACAAUUUGAUUUUCUUCACCACAGAGGCUCUUCCCAUGGGGAAUCCAGAACUAUCAGAGAAACUUAUCCAGAAGAAUACUAUACUGCAAUGAUGGAAGAGGCUUUUUCCCUCUGGGAAGAAGCUCAGCAGGAAAUUGGGUAUAGAGUUCACAUCAAAACCAAGCAGCUAGACAUGGGUUCAGUCGAAAACAAGAGCCUCCAAUCUGUCAUAGGAGUCUGCAAAAAACUAGGGAUCCCCCAUGAAGUUCUCAAUGCAGAGAAAGCUUGCUCAAGAUUCAAGGUAAUAAAUUUGCCUCAGAAUUGGAUAGCUGUUGUCACAAACAGAGGAGGGAUACUGAGAGCCUCCAAGGCAGUUGCAAUGUUUCAGUCUUUAGCCUUGAAGAAUGGAGCCACUCUAAGGGACAAUGCCCGAGUCAUGAAAAUUAGCAACGGGUGGAAAUUGAGGGAUGGGUCAAAUGGGGUUCUGGUGUGCACCAGCAGGGGCUCUGUACUUGGAAGGAAAUGCGUGAUUGCUGCAGGUGCAUGGGCUCAGAAACUUGCUAAAGAAAUAGCAGAGAUUGAAUUGCCUGUUCAACCUAUUCAUACCACUAUUGCAUAUUGGAAAAUCGAGGAGGGCUUAGACAGCUUUUUGCCUGAAAAAGGGUUCCCCACGUUUGCUUGUUAUAAUGAUCCUUACUUUUAUGGGACGCCCUCUCUGGAAUACCCUGGGUUGCUCAAGAUUUCAGUCCAUGGAGGUUAUCCAUGUGACCCAGACAAAAGGACUUUGGUCCCUGAUUUGGAUGCACUUAAAAAGAAGGUAAGCCCUUGGUUAGCUGAAGGUUUUAGAGGGCAUAUUAUGUCAGAUAGCCCUGUUGUGGCAGAGGCGUGCAUGUAUUCAAUGUCUCCGGAUGAAGAUUUCAUCCUUGAUUUUUUGCCAUUGACAAAGACUUCAUUGUCAAGAGACAAGUCUCCUAUUUUGAUUGCUUCUGGAUUCUCUGGCCAUGGAUUUAAAAUGGGUCCAUUGGUGGGACGGAUAAUGGCAGAUCUUGCCCUCAAAGGAGAAGCCCAUGGGGUACCCUUGCAGUAUUUUUCAAUUGAACGCUUUCUUCAAAAUCCUAAAGGCAAUAUCAAGGAAUACGGUGAGCAGGUCCGCCCUUAUGUGACAUCAUAAAGGUACCGAAUUACAGAGAGGAUAGCAAUAGAACUGCUUGAAUGUCGAUUGCAUUUCAGAUGUCUGUAACGAUCUUUCUUAGUUAAAACCUGGUGACAUGAAAGACUGAAAAUUUAGGUAAUUUCAAUAUGUCUUCCAACAUUUUAAGAUCACAAUUUGUCUUGUAAUGUCAAAGCUUGCUUUUGCAUGACAUGAUUUUUCAGUUUGAAGGAUUAAUAGAGCUUAAAGGACACACAGUAUAUAUUAUA